AAUAAAUACCAAUAUACGAGCCCCAAUGUAUUCAUUCGGCAAUCACGAUCUGUUGAUCAACAUGAAGGUCUUCCUAGUUCUUUGCUUUGUAGCGAUGUGCCUUGUUGCGGCGCAGCAACAAGAUCAACCAUACGUGAAAAGAGCAGCUAUUCCACCCGGAUAUGAACUAGUGUUGGAGAAAGCAGAGCCGGCAUAUAACGAAGACAGCCAACUAGAUUCACCAAUCAUAUUAGUACUAAGGCCUAAGCAAAAAGAUACAGAUCAUCCAGACGUGAGACCAAAAAGAGAUUUGCCACCAAAGUUUGAGGAAAUAGACGAAGGUCGUCUAGAUGAGAGAACAGGAUAUAUUAUAUCCAAAUUGGCACUAAAGAAUCUUUUUUGGGUGCCGGAUGAUAAGGCCACUACACAUUAAAUUGUUAAAGAUGAAGUCCAUAAUUCUAUGAAGAUUAGACUUCCCAUCACUCGAAGAUGACUUCAGGAAUUAUAUUGAUCAAAUAUAAAAAAUAUUGAUUCUGUUAAUAAAAGCAAAAUAUACAUAUAUAUUUAUAAAUUA